AUGGUCAGAUACGCGCAUCUAUUUAUUCUUGUAGCUGCCGCAGCAGUCGCUAUCGCUUUUCCCCUCUCCGAUGCGCUCACUGCAAGAGCACAAACCUCGUCCUCUAUCGACCAACUCCUGAACCUCGUUCCAUGGUAUCGUGCCUAUAACCCAUCCAUUCAAGACCAUUUCUACACUCCCGAUCUCAAUGAAUGGAAUAACGCCAUCCACAACCUCGGGUACCAAGCUGAAGGCAUAGCAUGUCGUAUCCACUCUACUCAGGAGUAUGAUACGGUUCCAUUUUACAGGACGUACAACCCGACCGUUUACGAUCAUUUCUACACCACCUCGAAGCCAGAGCGGGACAAUGCUAUUGAGAAUCUGGGAUAUCACGACGAAGGUAUCACAGGCUACAUCUAUCCAGAGCCUUUCCCUUUUGCGGUCCCACUCUACCGCCUGUAUAGCCAGUCAGGCACAGAUCACUUCUACACUAUAUCCGCGGCAGAGAGAGAUAACGCUGCUGCAAACUUGGGGUACAAUGAAGAGGGUAUUGCAGGUUACGUGUUGCCUCCACAGUAG